CGCCGCUUUCCACCGGAAGGAGGCUCGCAGAGGAGGGGGAGGAGCGCGAAAGGGAUUGUGGGAGAAAGGGUCGUUCCUUUCCGUUUGGCGGCAGCCAUCAGGUGAGCCGAGAUGGGCGCUUACAAGUACAUCCAGGAGCUGUGGAGGAAGAAGCAGUCGGACGUGAUGCGCUUUCUGCUCAGGGUUCGCUGCUGGCAGUACCGCCAGCUCUCGGCGCUGCACCGGGCCCCGCGCCCCACCCGGCCCGACAAGGCGCGCAGGCUGGGCUACAAGGCCAAGCAAGGUUAUGUGAUAUAUCGGGUUCGCGUGCGCCGCGGCGGCCGCAAACGCCCGGUCCCGAAAGGCGCCACCUACGGCAAGCCCGUCCACCACGGCGUCAACCAGCUCAAGUUUGCCCGGAGCCUUCAGUCUGUUGCCGAGGAGCGAGCAGGACGCCACUGUGGGGCCCUGAGGGUCCUGAAUUCUUACUGGGUGGGUGAAGAUUCUACGUACAAGUUUUUUGAGGUUAUCCUCAUCGAUCCCUUCCAUAAAGCUAUCAGAAGAAACCCUGACACCCAGUGGAUCACCAAACCAGUCCACAAGCACAGGGAGAUGCGGGGGCUGACGUCUGCAGGCAGGAAGAGCCGCGGCCUCGGCAAGGGCCACAAGUUCCACCACACGAUCGGUGGUUCUCGCCGCGCAGCCUGGAGAAGGCGCAAUACUCUCCAGCUCCACCGCUACCGCUAAUAUAAGUAAUGUUUGUAAAAUUCUUACCUAAUAAACAGUUUAGGACAUUCA